AUGCCCGCAGACUACACCUCUACCGCGCGGGCUCUUUCUGUUUCAACUACUUCGUCUCGAACACCAUCUCCGGCGAACGGCGCUCGCCCAUUAUGGAGCCAACCUGAGGCUGACACUCGGAACAAUAACGGCUUCGCUGCCCGGAGGUCGCCUCCCGCGCCUAAACAGGGAAUCAUGGCCCGGAUAAAUGUAUUAAACGAGCGCGUAUUAGCAGCAUGGCGAAAGAUGACUUUCUGGCAGAAAGUCGGCAGCGUUCUGGCUGUGAUCGGUCUCAAUGUCCUGGGCUUCGGCUUCCUGUAUAUCACCGGGAGGGUAUUCCAAUGGCUCGGACCCGUUGCUGAGAAAUGGGAGCACUCGGUGACGGUCUUCAUCUUGAUGUGGCUGGGAGUAUUCUUUGUCUCCUUUCCCCCAUUGGUCGGGUGGUCGACGUUCGGCACAGUUUCUGGCUAUAUAUUUGGCGUAUGGAAAGGAUGGCUCCUCUAUGCAUCGGCUACGGUGCUAGGCUCCAUGUGCUCCUUCGUCGCUUCGCGAACAGUCCUCUCCAAAUUUGUGCAUCGACUCGUCGAGCGCGACAAGCGAUUCGCAGCCCUUGCGCUGACAUUGAAGUAUGACGGCCUUAAGCUGCUUUGCAUGAUUCGUCUUUGCCCAUUGCCCUACUCCAUAUGUAAUGGCGCGAUCUCUACUUUCCCCACGGUGCAGCCACUGAUGUAUGGCCUUGCCACCGCAAUCAUCUCGCCAAAACUGCUCGUUCCUGCCUUUAUCGGCAGUAGGCUGCGCAUACUAUACGAGAAGGGAGAAGAGAUGAGCCUAGGCUCAAAGCUCGUAAAUAUUUCCAGUAUUGUCGUUUCCGUGGCUGUUGGGAUCUUUACCGGGUGGUAUAUCUAUAGAAGAACUCUGGCCCGUGCCAAAGAAUUAGAAGAAAGAGAAAGAGACGACAUCCGACAUUCGCUCGAGGCUGACCACGCCGCUCACCGUCCUCACCGCUCGUUCUCGGAUGACCCUGCUGUCAACGCCGCAGCGACAACACUCGCGCGAGACGAGGAAGAACGGAUCGGGUUCAAUGACUUUGAUGAUGACAAUGUUGACCUGGUCAUCGACGAUGAUGACCUCUCCAAUCGGCGGUCAAAGUCACCAUAUCGGGAUGAGUUUACAGACAACGAGUCGGACGUAUUUCGAGACGGAGAUGGGCCUGACAGCGAUACAUACACGCUGCACACGCAUGUGCGACGGGGCUAG